AUGGCGCUUGCAACGGACAUAAACUCAAUGGCGGACGUUACUGCAGCCGUGAUCACAACUGCAGCAGAGGCAGCCAUACCGUCAACCUCUCUGGCUCCUUCCUCUGCGCUUUUCGUGAACCUCAGCGCUGUUAAUUCCACGCUGUCCAAACUACCGUUCCUUUCCUCUACAUCACAAGAUCUUUUACUAUAUCCGCUUCGCGUCAUUUACCAAGCUGAGGUCUUCAUAUUCAUCACUGCUCCCCGCAGUGUUCUGCAUUUCCUGGGACUGGAAGCAGCCGUGGCGAGCAUGAUAGAGAGCGCUGCUGGAGCUCUCGGUGGUGGAGCUAGUGUUGGGAGGGACGCGGCGGGCGCUACAGGGGCGGCAGUGGUAGCAGCUGCCGGAGCAGAUGGGACAGGAGCAGCUGCUGAUGCCGUGGUUGCAUCGGGGUUCAGUCUUGGCGAUUUGCUCCACAACACGAGGAAAUUUGGUGGAUUCUUUAGCUACAUGACCAGCCGAUGGUCCCUCGCAUGCUUUGCGGUGGCACUUGCUUUGAACCGCGUUACUGUAUACGGCUCCACGAGGCGCCAUCUUUCUUUAAAGUGGCAAGUUCGAUUGGCUCUGAGAAUAAUUCCCAUCGUCCUGCUCACUGGCCAAAUCAUUACAUUACUACAAGCCAUCCGCUGUCAAACGUCUCCAGAAUACCCACAAAUACGAUAUGGAAAAUCAGGAAAACGUUCUAGCUUGGACUACGGAGGCGAAGGUGGUCUCUUGUAUUCUCUUUCAUCGUUACUUUUACCCUGGCAGAAUGAUGAAGGCUCUUGCAAUGCCGUCCAUAUGAACCGAUUGCCCGGAACUAAAGAAAUACCUCACGGCUCAUUCUCGCUCCUGUGGCCCGUUUUCCUUCGUUUAUGUCUCAACCAGUUUGUUGAAACACUAUCGUGUGCAUUGCAAGGACGUGGGGUUGCCACGGAGGCGGGGAUGUCUAUAUUUGAACACUCUCUAGCAUUUGCAGAAGCAGAAACGAUGAUAAGCCAGUCUGUCGGCCUCGGUCUCUUUGGCCUGUCCAAAGCUACUGGCCAGACAUCCGCAAGCAACAGCACGAAUUCCUCGUCCGCAUCGCAGCUUCUUUCUAAAAGCCAAGUCAUAGACAGGCUUAAUGUUACCCCGGAGCUUCUGCUAAUUGCACUGAUUUCCUGUUGCAACAGUCUAUCCUCGAAUAUCCUCGACGUUUUCGGCCGUCAGAACCAAGGCCGCCUCAUUAACACAACAUUCUGGGGUCUUUGUUUCAUGGCCUCCAUACUUCUAGGCUUUUUUGAUGGUAUGCCCUUGAGUAAUGAUAUCAUUCUCAAGUUCCCCACGGUAUGUAUUGUGGGAUUCGUGCCCCAUUUGAUCAUAUUCGCUGGCAUCUUGACCUGCCUUGCGAUUUAUGGACUGGCCUUAAUUAUAACUGCAUUUUCGCUACCGUCUACUAUGCCGGCUCCUACCUCGCUGCGUGAAAGAUUCUCACUUGCGCAUGCCAAUAUGCAAGGUGCGUCACAAAUUCGAAAUGUGCGCCUCAAUCCAAGGGAAGACUUUUACACUGCCCUGGUUAGGAUAGGUUAUGCCUCCCUAGCAGCGGCAAGUGACGCCGUUUUUCUAAACGAAGGAAAGAGCGUAAUGGUUAGAACAAUGACUUGGCUGGAGGAGGAUAGGCUUUCAGAAAUUGAGACCUCAAGGAGCAACCGUGACGCUCGUAGACGUACCGCCCAACCGGUGGAGUUCCCUACUGGCGCCAAUGAUGCCUUUAACUUUGAUAUCCCCGAGCGUAAAGCUGAAUGGGAAAGUGGAUAUUCGCGGGAAAAGAAAAUUGAAAAACAAAAGGGAGCUCGUUCGAUGGGGAGUCAAAAUGCUCUUGGUGGGGUUGGGGCGUUCCAGGGAGCAAGCAGAUGCUAUCAUGGCUUUACUUUUUUCCGAGGAAUUUUCUUUCUUUUAGUAGGUUGGGCAGCGUUUUGGUUCGUAAGAUCCCUGGAUCUCAUGGGUAUUACUAGACGACCCAGGUGGUUGACAAAGCUGGGAGGCACUGCCCGCAAACGAGCUGUUCGAGGAACAACCGACAAUCACAACUCACUUGACUUUUGGAUUUUGACCGACCAAGGGGAGCUGAAACUCCCAGAAGACUACGAAUACGACGUUGAAAAAGAAAUGAGGAAGCGGGAGCUGGCAAACAUUUCUCAAUGGGGUGAAGCGGAGGAAAGCCGAUUUGACAGGAAACUGUAUAAUUGGUGGAAGAUCGGGGGAUCGUGGGGCGAUCGAGAUGAAAGUGGAGACUAUACACCCUCUCAGGAUGAUUGGGAUGAUACGACAAGCGUUGUUUCAAUGUCGACGAAUGCCGAAUCGGAGUGGGAGGCAUAUGAGUCGGAUGGUCGUCGGACACCAACGCAAAGCAGCCCGUACACGCUGGGGAACAAUCAAGGCCACCUGUCUAAUUCCAGCUCAACAUCAAACACACCGCCCGACGAAUCCCUUUUAGACAUGGCUUCUCUUGCCCGCCUCCUCGACCCAAGGGAUCAAGAGGCGAGGCACGAAGCUCGAGUGCUAGCCUCGCAUCUGAUGGCAGCUGAUGAAGGCAAAAUAAUGACCCGCAGCCGAUUUAAAAGCCAAACGGAACGCGACCGCGCGCGUGUUCUCACAUCAUCACGAUAUAACAGGACUCACGUACAAGGCCUCACAUCAGCAUCUCCUGGUUCGAAUGAGAAGAAACGACCCACGCCGGAGGAAGAGGCGGAAAUUCUCGAAAAUCUCAUACUAUCGCGCCGACUAGGCCACGACUAUUCGUCUGGCACCUAUGUGCAACAACAAUAUCAACGACAACGAGAGCCGGAGUCUUGGAAAACCGGAGCGUCAGGUCUUGGUGCGGAUGGACCGCAAUGCGUUAUCUGCCAGGCUGCGCCUAGGUCGAUCAUCAUCUGGCCGUGCCGUUGUCUUUGCGUGUGUGAAGAUUGCAGGCUCCAUACGAUGAGCCUUUAG